ACCUGAAAUUACAGUGAGAGUCUUUUGAAUUUCGUUAAUCGUGAUUAACAUCUUCGAUGAUUGCUUUUAAUUCGUUUGCCAUAUUUUAUCGAUCAUCUGAGGCUUUUCGCUAGCACAUACCUGUUUUAGAUCCUUGCAAAUUCGUACCAAUCCAGGUGGCAAAGGACUCUYGAAGUCAACAAGUGUGAAAAACAAACAGUCAAUAAACUCUUUGAAAACUUCAAGUGGAAAAUCACUUAAAUGUCUUGUUAAAGCACUUGGUUUUGUCAUCGCCAUCAUUAUGYCUUGCGCAGCGUUUUUUGACCACGGAUUUCCGUGCAAGCAGUGCCGUAUAGAACAGGAAAAGAUCAUUCCCUUAUAAAUAUGUUUAUUUAGCCUUCUUCAAUUCGCGAAGUGAAUCGUUUUAGACUCAAACGCAACCCCUACCGGUUAAAUUUAAUCGUACAAAUAUCUCGGCAAUUUCCUUAACAAACAAAUAACGAACCAAAGAGAUCAAGUCAAGCACCCAGCUAUGGAAGGAUGUUAUUAAUAAGCUGUAAUUGAUGAAUUGAGAGACGAUCGUCACCAGUUAAUAAGCAAUUACAGCUAUUUGUUACAUACUUUACGGCUUAGCGCACAAUUCCUUUAAUAUUACAAAGCUGCACAACAAGCGGCAACGACACGAAAACUCAACCGUURCGAAAAGCAAUUCAGAGUUUGACCGUCACGUUGUUUUGAGACGUGACAUUCGACACUGAUACUCACGUCGCGGUAUAGUGUAAUCGAUCCCUGUUGAUGUCGAUUGAGUGUUGAUAAGUGGGAUUGAAAGUCAAGAGGGUUUUUGGUGUUCACAUUAUAAAAGAGGGGCUAGUCACUCUUCGUUCGUAUAAACACUUACAUGUGGUGUCACCCUGUUUAUGUUUCUGUCAACUGGAGAACUUGAAGAUGAUGUACAGGAGCAUAGUGGCUUUGCUUCUAUUCUUAACCCAUUCAGAAGCGUCCUGGCUGUGGAUGGGAGUUGCUUCAUCAGGAAUUAGGACAGACUCAGUUGUUCCAAGUCAAUGCAGAAGUGUCACGGGCCUUUCGCCGCAGCAACUUAGGUUGUGCAUGAUGAAACCAGGUGUUAUUCCUAGUGUUAGCCAAGGCGCAGAGAUAGGAAUCCAGGAAUGUAAGCAACAAUUUCUAUUCGAAAGAUGGAACUGUACAACUUCAGAUAAAGACCCCACGGUGUUCGGACAAGUCUUAAGUACUGGCAGUAAAGAAGCUGCUUUUGUUCAUGCCAUCACAUCUGCUGGAGUUGUCCAUGCAGUUAGUCAAUCUUGCAGCAAAGGAAAUCUCUCUGAUUGCAGAUGUUACACUAGAAAUGGAGAAAAACAUCCCAAAAGUAGUUGGGGCAUCUCUGGUUGCACAAAUAGCGUCAAUUAUGCAGUAUGGCUGUCUGAGACAUUUGUUGAUGCACCAGAAAAAGUCGAUCGAAAGCCAAGAUUGACUUCUAAAGAGAUGGCUCGUGCUCUGAUGAAUCUACACAACAACGAAGCCGGUCGCAAGGCCGUUGUGUCUUUAAUGAGGGAGCAAUGUCGUUGUCACGGAGUAUCUAGUUCUUGUACUGUGAAGACAUGUUGGCAGUCUUUACCGCGAUUCGAGGAGGUUGGUCAAGACCUCAAGAAAAAGUACAUUGRCUCUGUGCAAGUAGUGUACAUCAAAAGAAAAAAGAAACUYAAGAGGAAAGGUCGCAAGAAAGUCCGUAUAAACAAUACUUCGCUUAUUCACUUGCAUGCUUCUGUGAACUAUUGCGACCGAGUGUCUGGACGAGAAUGUCGAAGAGACUCUCAGGGACGAGAUAGUUGCGAGUCAUUAUGCUGCGGCAAUGGUUAUAACACACGGACUGUACGAGAAUCUAUGCAAUGUGCAUGCAAAUUUAUAUGGUGUUGCAAAGUGAAAUGCAACGUAUGUGUGAAUAUCAAAGACAAGUUCACUUGUAAGUAAAUGCCACGUCAUCGCCACGUCAUCAUGUAUGAUGUCAGUAUUACGUCAUCAAAUGACAUCAUUGUAGUACUGUGAUGCACCAGAAUGGAAUGCAAUCUAUACAUGACAAAAAAGUACACUUAAAAAUAGAUUAUCAAGCAUGAUGUCAUUCAUCUUUGCUUCGUCAAAUGACAUUGGAUAUGUUGUCAAGUUUGACGUCAUCAGCAUGUUAACAAGUGACGUCAUUGUUGYAUAUGSAUUCUAAAUAUUGAUGAUCCUUUAUAAAGAAAGGACAAAACUAAACCUGUGAAAAUCAGGCUUGUAGCAUUUAUGGACGAAAAUUWAGUCAUGAUACAGGACGAUGCAAACUAGUUAACCUAGUCUUUCCUCGCUAUGAGUACUUUAGUUUAUGAGAAACAAAUGAUUUUCUCUACUCGUAGAUCCAAGAUAUUUGUUGUCAGUGAAUAAACGAAAUUAUUAUUAUUUUUUGCUMUGCUAAUGUAAAARURUGAGAAUUUCUUUGUUCGUUUUCCRGGUGCAUUACAUGGGGUUGGGUUUUGUAAGUCAACAAGUAUUACUUUCUUUUUAUACAUGUCUUUAGAUAUAGCCAUUUCAUAACAUUGUUUUUAUAAAUUUCCCACAGCAAAAGAAACUGUAAAUUUCGUCUUUCGUCCACCGUUUCAUAGAACGUACGUCCGCCAUCUUUAUCAAUACCAUGAUGCACUUCGACAAUUUAUCAUGACGUCACAAGGACCAAAAAAGCCAUUAAAUGCAUUGAUCACUUUAAUAGCUCGAGAAACGACAAAAAAAAAA